AUGUGGAUAAAUUUGACCUUCGAACAGGAAAUCGGGGAUUCAGAGGGUGAACUUAACCCGCGUGAACACCUUGAGAAAUCAGGAUUAUGUGUUCCAAAAGACUGGGCUUUACGCGCGAGAAAAAAUAGCGAGACUUUAUUAUUAUUAUUAUUAUUAUUAUUAUUAUUAUUAUUAUUAUUAUUAUUAUUAUUAUUAUUAUUAUUAUUAUUAUUAUUAUUAUUAUUAUUAUUAUUAUUAUUAUUAUUAUUAUUAUUAUUAUUGCUGCAGCGGAGAUUUAAGAUAGGCGAAGUUCCUGGCGAUCUGGGAUCAAAUACAUCGUUAUUAUCGUUUCUCAAAAUUAGCUCCAAAUUUCUAGGACAAAGAACAAUAAAUACAGUAGACAUAUCAAGAAAACAAGAGAAGUAG